AUGUCCGGCUCCUCCACGCCCGACCUCACGUCGGUCGCCGAAGUCGGGAUCGACUUUGGUGGUUUCAAGAACAUAGACCUCUUCUCGCAGGGCAUCUAUCAGCUGCGCGUCCGUGCUACCACUGAGUGCUCCAAGCGGCAGUGCCCGCCCUCCACCUUCGAGACGGUCCGGCAGGGGCGCGCUCCUCCGCCUCCCACCGACGGCUCCUUUCUGCCGGCCCACGUCCUGGAGGAGAGCGGCGACUUUUGCCUGCCCUCCUUUCGCGUGCGCUUCUGCGACGAGGAGGUGCGGCUGACGACGACGGCGCGCUUCCGCGCCGAGCUCUCUGUCGACAGCAACCCGCGCCUGCGCGGCGCCGACGACGGCUGCGCGGUGCCGCUCGAGCCGGUGCUGCUGGAGGUGCGGCUGAUGCACGCGCGCUCAAACUCGGUCUUCGACGCGGCGGGUGACGCGGCCGCGCAGUCGCGUGCCAGCUUCAAGCAGUACGCCCAGCAGACGCUGCGGCUGCAGCUGCCGCUGCGCGGCGCGACCGCCUUUUUCCCAAUCACGUUUGACGAGUGGCACUUUUGCUUUGCUCCGCUGCUCGUGCACGCGGCGGCGGCCCUCGCGCAGCUGCUCGCCCUCGGGCAGAGCGCACCACAGCCGCUCCUCGCCGGAGAGCUCCAAGCGAGCGCCGCAGCGGAGCGCGCUCGCGGCGCUGACAGCGCACGCGUUGUCCUCGUCCCGAUGCCCGCGACCGCCGCCGCUCGCGCGCUCACCCGUGCCGUCUCGGCAGCCGAGCCCGAGCCUGGUGCGGCGCCUGGUGCGGAGGGCGGAGGCUUGGCGCAGGAGCAGAGCGAGGGGGCGGCAGCGGGCGUGGAGCCUGCCGAGCCGGAGGGGAUCUCGCUGGAAGUGACCGACACAGCGGCACAGGAGGCGGCCGCGUGUGGCGAGUCCCUCUUCCGCGAGCCGCGCCUCUUCGAGCAGCGGGCCUACAUGCCGCAGGGCGGCGCAGACCCAACCACCAUCGCCAAGGCGCUGCGCACCUCGAUGUACUUUCGCGCGCUGCCGCCGCCGCCGCUCGCCGAGGUGCCUCGCGCCGCGUCGACGGAGUCGCAGUGCGUCUUCGUCGAGCAGUGGCACUCGUCCAAGCACGAUUUGCCCUCCUCGCAGCGCGCCCUCGCCCCGGACCGCACCGCGGGCGGCGCCUCUUCGCCCGCGGAGCCGGCAACAGCGGAGCCGGCAACAGCGGAGCCGGCAACAGCGGGCCCGCUGCCCGAGGGAGCGACGCCGCUCGAGGGAGCGACGCCGCUCGAGCUGGCGCGGCGGCUCGGCCUCGAGCUGGGCGGCAAGGGACGCGACUACGGGCUCCGCGCGGGCGAGCUCGAGCACCAGGCGGCUCGCUCCGCUCGUGCCGCGCCCGCGUGGCCCGAGCCCGUGACUCCGCGCCUCAGCCUGUCUUGGAUGCCGUCGGGCCGGUCGCCGCUGCCGCCCGGCAAGCACCACCUCUACGUCUUCGUGCACGGCUUCCACGGGAAUGCGCUCGACUUGCGCGGCUUCCGCAACCAGCUGGCGCUGCUGCUGCCCGACAAGAGCUGCGCGCGCUUCCUGAUGUCCUCGUCCAACGAAGACUUCACCGCGACCUCCUCCUUCGAAGAGAUGGGCGAGAACCUCGCCAACGAACCACGGCGUCGCGCAGGCAUGCUCUACACCUCGAACAUGCUUGUCGAGCUCGGCGUGUGGGGGCUGCGCAAGUGGAAGAAUGCGCAGUGCCUCACCGAGCUGUCGCUCAAGGACGCCAAGCAGCCGACCGACACCUUCCUGUACACGCUCUCCAAGGGAGAUAUGCUCGCGCGCUUCACAAACGUGCUCCUCGUCUCGUCGGCCGAGGACCGGUACGUGCCGCACCACUCGGCGCGGCUGCAGCUCUGUCCCGAGGCGAUGCACGACCCGCGCUUCGGCACCGCCUUCGUCUCGAUGGUGCACAACAUCCUCUCGCCGCUGCAGUGCUCCAACCUCGUCCACGUCGACGUCUCCUUCCUCCCGCUCAUCUCCACAAAGCUUGUGCACCAGCUCGACCAGGCCAUCGGCCGAAAGGCGCACAUCGACUUCCUUGAGCAGCAGGCCUUUCUGCAGAUGUUUGUGCAAAUGUAUCUCUCGUACCUCGUCUGA